AUGAGCUUCAAUUUUGGAGCAAAGUCGAAUACUGGAUCGUCAUUGUUUGGGUCAAAUACUACGACCACUGCAUCGUCAAUGUUCGGCUCCACAAUUAAUACCACCACCACCACCACGGCAUCGUCAAUUUUCGGUUCUGCAGUGAAUACUACGACAGCCUCAUCAAUAUUUGGAGGUUCAGCUUCAUCAGGAACGUCAUUGUUUAGUGGAGCUUCGACAAAUUCCGCGCCAACGUUUGGAUCUUCUGGAAACACGGGUAAUGCUCCGUCGUUAUUUGGAACAGCAACAACAACAUCUAGCGCGGGUUCAUCACUUUUUGGCGCAAAACCAGCCACUGGAUCCAUGUUUGGUUCAACAGCGACCACUACAGCGGCAGGCAGUGGUUUAUUUGGGUCAUCCGCUGGUGCCACACCGGCAGCCACGAACGCAUUUGGUUCAGCAGCAGCAAAGACCCAAUCCAACACAGGAUUGUUUGGGGCGCCUUCGACAACGGCCAAUGCCACUUCGGUGUUUGGUUCGGCGACAGCACCCUCUACUGGAGUGUUUGGCCAACCUUCGACUACAUCCUCCACUUCACUUUUUGGGGUAGCUAAGCCCACAUUUGGAGCGACCACAACUACGAGUUCGUUGUUUGGAGCCGGUAGCAGCGCCACUAAUUCAUUUGGAGCUGCCUCGACAACAGCACCCUCUUUUGGAAGUACGGCUGCAGCAACGACUACGUCUUCAAGCCUUUUCGGCAACACUGGUGUACCCAUUACAACGACCUCUCUGUUCGGCACUACAAACACCGCCCUUGCAUCAAGUUCUGGUAGUGCUGCUGCAAAACCGACAACGGGAACGUUAUUCGGAACUACCACAACGAGCACACCGUUAUUUGGGCAAUCCAACGCUGCAGCUCCAGCAGGUGCAUCGCUUUUUGGUUCGAGUGCAGCUGCCACCACCGCCAACUCUCUCGCAGGUUUUGGAAAAGCGCCGACAACCCAAACUGCUCCAGUGUUCGGCACAGCAUCGGUCACUACUUCAGCUCCGUCUACUUCGGGUACAACAUCGCUUUUUGGAGCGAAUACUUCAACCGCUACAGCUCCUACCCUUUUUGGUGCUGUAGCUACAACCACAACUGCAACAACCCCGAUAUUUGGUGCUGCAACAGCCAAAACUACAGCAGCUCCUCUUUUUGGUAGCACCGCUCCGACUAAUACGCUUGCGUCCUCUUCCACUAUUGCAACGCAACCAUUGUUUGGUUCGGCCGCUACAACGAGCACUGCGCCGUCUCUGGGUGGAACUGCUGGCGCACCGGCUUCUUCCACGACCGCGUCGCUGCUUGGAGCCGCUACUACGACUGCAGCAACGACCCAGUCGACAGCGCCGCUGUUUGGAGCACCCGCUACAGCUACUGCACCCCUCGGUGGAACUACUCAGCCAUUGUUCGGAUCAGCAACAACAACUACUUCGUCUGCGCCUCUUUUUGGGGCUGCAACAACAACCUCGGCUUCUACCAGUUUAUUGGGGUCCCUUGCUGCCCCUAAGACUACCGGCGGUCUGUUUGGAAUCACCACUACUACAACAACCACCUCGGCGUCCGGAGGUCUUUUUGGAAGUAAACCAGCUACCACGACCACUGCCGGCUUACUAGGAACGACAACUACGCCAUUAUUUGGCGCCAAGACCACGGCGGCGCCAUCACUUUUUGGGAGCACUCCACUGAGCGGUGCGACCCAAACUACAACUGCGCCAUCUCUGGGUUUAGGAGGAACGACUCAAACAUCAGGUCUUAGUGCUACAUUGGGAACCAUCAGCACAGCUGGUACAGCUUCAGAAAAAGAAAAUCUACGUGAAGGCGUUGUCCCGAAGCCUAUUCGUGAGGUUGCUAUCCAGCUGAGAGAAAAGUUGAAGGAAAAUCGACGACUGGCGGACGAAUUUGCUGCUGCGUCAACUGACCGUAGCAUCAAAGUAAAAGAGCAGAUUAAGGAGGUGGAGCACAAAAUGUGCGAAGUCUACACCAGAACUUCUGAUUGUGACGUGAAGGGCGCCCAGCUGAGAAGGCGAGUUGCUAAGGAUCUGCAGUUGGGCGAUGUGGCCCAACGAGUGCAGGAGCUGGUGAACAAGAAUGCUCACUUUGGUUCGCAGGGUCAAAUCUUGCAAUACGUUGUCGACGUAAUUCGUGAGUACGAUGAGGCUGUUAUGCAGUACCAAAAUAUAAUAGAGGACAUUAGUACUAAACUCAAUAUUAUCCUCAGUGGCAAGAGCAGCAUAACGGUUAAUGACCUGAAGGAAGUACUGUCGCGAUUCGAUAUUGCUUUUAGUAAUGUUGCUACCAAACUUUUUGAUGCAACAAGAAAAGUGCAGGAUGUGAAAUCAUCACUGUCCGCCGAUGGAUCACUGUGUAUGCUCCGAGACGCGGCCAAUCGACGUAUGGACAUCGAAUCACACUCAAAAUCAUUCAAUAAUCUCCGUGGAAUUGAUUUUGUACCGUCCCAAUCUGCAAUCGCUGAAUUAGGCAGACAACUGAAGCCUGCCGCUGGCGCAGCCCCCACUACCACAGGAACAGGUCUGUUUGGAUCAACAACGGGUGGAUCUCUGUUUGGUGCAAGUACAACUGCAAAUAAGCCUUUCUCCUUUGCAUCGUCAUCUACAGGAGGAUCAUCACUAUUUCCUUCUUUGACGACUUCUACAGCGGGGCCGCUGUUCUCCUCUCUCACCACCACCACAACUACUGCGCCAAAACCAACGCUUAGCUUUGGUUCUACGAUCACGAAUAAUUCGAGCGGGCUGUUGUUCAGCAGUAAAAAAUAGUAACCCAAGCUAAAUUUUCCACGAAAUGUGAUUUGCCAGUACGCUUACCCCGCGUUUAUUGUUACUGCCUAUUUAGAACUCCUUUCACAAAAUGUACUUGCACUCAUAGAAGUGAUUAGGAAUUUCUUGACAUUUACGCCUACUUUCUAUAUUGCAGCUUUGUUAAAAUCAUAUAUGUUUUCUUAUGUAUUUGUCAAUCACUGACUUCUUUGUUCACAUCAUGACUUAUCGCGACGGCAUUGUUUUCGCUGAGCUGUGCAUUGACUACAAAAUUGAUUUGUUGGAAACUCACAUCUCUGAGUUAAAUUUUCCAGGAUUGAUAUGCGGUUAUCUUUGUGCAAAUGAUGUUUUCUUGAAUAAAAUACGAAAAGAA